CAUGACCAUGUCGCAUUGAUGAAUGCGCAUGGUCUGACAGAAGUGACGUCACGAAUGAAGGAUAUCCACGCGGUAGACAGUGUCGCAAUAAGGAUUAUUUUGAAGUGAAUUUGUGAUUUAAAAAAGAAUAAAAUCACAUAUACACCAUGACCGAAAACGGCGAAAGCCUAGCCCCAGAUUCUUGGGAUCAAGACGACGCCCAAGAAACCAGCGAUGUUGCAUCACAGUUGUCAAAUCUCAACGUAAAUGCCCCAGCAUUUGUGCCGGGGCAAAACGUUUAUGCAGCAGAAUUUGUGCCUUCUUUUCAAAAAAGUGUUCCAGGUAAUGAAUCUGCUGCAGUUCCUCCUGCAGAAGAGACACCCAACAGUGAUGAACCACCACCACAAGAAGAAAAGUCACAAACUGCUGAAACAGAAAUGGAAGAGUUGGAGAAGUGGGAGGAUGAAGCCGUGCAGGACAAUGAAAUGGAACUGGAUGAAGAAGAGGAGACCGCCCCUGUCAAUGUCUCGGAUGAUUCUGGGUCUAAGAAAGAACAUGUCAAUGUAGUCUUCAUAGGUCAUGUUGAUGCGGGAAAGUCCACUAUUGGGGGACACAUCAUGUAUCUGACAGGUAUGGUUGACAAAAGGACACUAGAAAAAUAUGAAAGGGAGGCCAAGGAGAAAAACAGAGAAACAUGGUAUUUGUCAUGGGCAUUAGACACAAACUUGGAGGAGAGAGAGAAAGGCAAAACAGUGGAAGUUGGCAGAGCAUUCUUUGAAACAGAAAAUAGGCAUUUCACAAUCCUGGAUGCCCCGGGACACAAAAGCUUUGUACCUAACAUGAUAGGUGGCGCAUCACAAGCUGAUUUAGCCGUCCUGGUUAUAUCCGCUCGAAAAGGAGAGUUUGAGACAGGUUUUGAAAGAGGGGGACAGACCAGAGAGCAUGCUAUGUUAGUGAAAACUGCUGGAGUCAAACACUUGAUUGUUGUCAUCAACAAAAUGGAUGACCCCACUGUGCUGUGGUCAGAAGAAAGAUACACAGAAUGCAAGGAGAAGUUGCUGCCAUACCUUAAAAAAUGUGGCUUCAAUCCAAAAACAGAGAUUUUUUUCAUACCUGUCUCCGGGUUAAAUGGGGCAUUCCUGAAAGAUAUACCUGAGGAAUCUAUGUGUCCAUGGUACAGAGGACCAUCAUUGAUUACCUACCUCGACACAAUGCCCUCGUUCAACAGAUCCAUGGAUUUACCUGUCCGUAUGCCUAUAGUAGAUAGAUACAAGGACAUGGGUAUUAUGCUGCUGGGGAAGUUGGAGUCGGGGUGCAUAUUACGGAACCAGACAUUCGUGCUUAUGCCAAACAGAGCUACUGUCAAAAUCAUGCAGAUUUUCUCGGAUGAAAUUGAAGUAGAAACAGCAAAUCCGGGCGAGAAUCUCAAACUUAAAGUUACAGGAGUGGAAGAAGAGGACGUAUCGCCUGGAUUUGUAUUGUGCCCAUCAAACAGCGUAUGCCACACAGCUAGAACUUUUGAUGCUCAGAUUGUGAUACUGGAACACAAGUCCAUUAUAUGUGCGGGUUAUAGUGCUAUUCUACACAUUCAUGCAUGUGCGGAAGAAGUAACAAUCAAGACCCUACUGUGUAUCAUAGACAGAAAGUCUGGUGAAAAAGUCCAACUUAAACCCCGAUUUGUUAAACAAGAUCAGGCCGCAAUAGCUCGAAUAGAAGUCCACGGAGGAAUGAUCUGUUUAGAGACAUUCAAAGAUUUCCCACAGAUGGGACGAUUCACAUUACGAGAUGAAGGAAAAACGAUUGCAAUAGGAAAAGUCCUAAAGAUCCGUGAUUAGACAUAAAGGCAUCACUCAUGAGGAUUAAAUUGGAAUGCAGAUGUAGUUUUGCUUUCAAGCUCAACAGAAACCUGUCUGUUCAUAAAAAUUCCAAAGAAUAUUGAUCAUUUGAACCUGGCAACAUAUUGUGCAGAUCAUUUCUGCUCUCUGGAGGUUUAUGGCAAAGGUGCUUCAUUAUGUGUAUGUUUGGUUUUUUAAAACAGUAAUUGUUUUAUAAAGUAUGCUUCUAGAUUUUUUUUUAACUAUGCAAUGUGCGAAAAUCAUUUGGAAAAUUUUUGAUCAUGUAGGUUUUGUGCCAGUUGUAAAAGUAAAAUUUUGCUACAAAAUUGAAUCACUAUGUCAAAAUUUGUCUUUGCUUUUCAAGUUACUGCUAAGUGGUACAUAUCAAAAUGGUUGUAGUAGAUUUUGAUAUGCAUGCAAGUAACAAGAAUGAAUGCAGAGUCUAUUCUAGCACAGGGGAUGGUAUUGCUAUAGAAACAACAGAAAUGGUUGCCAGUUAGGUAAAACAAAUUAAAUGGUCUAAUAAAACUUCACUACUGUGUAGGGUACUUGUAUAUUUUAAAUAUGAAAACAGUCAGUUUGAAACGUAUUCAAUUGAUCGAUUUGUGAUUUUUUUUUUUCUUAUAUGCCAAAUUACAUUUCACUGAAAUACAUUAGAAAUCGCCCUUCAUUUUUUGUAUGAUACAGAAUAUUGGUGUUUUUUUUUUAAUUAUUUUUUUUUUUUUUUUUUUUUUGUUGUUGACUUAUCUAUUGUGAAAUUUUAAAGUCUUCGAUGUAGAUUGUUGAUAGCGACUGCUUAAUUUGAAGUAAAAUGGUUUACUCUUCAUUGCUGUUUUAUUAAUUCACGAUGACAUUUCAUGAAAUGGUUAGGAAGGUUAACUGAAUUCUUUAUUUCUCAAGCAUGAAAUAAAAAUGACAUGUUUGGUUUACAGUAAUGAGUACUGUAUUUAUACACUGUGAAAUCAUUCUCUAUGUCACUGUAUGUAUUAUAUGCAAAAUGUGCUGAAGAAAUUUGACACCUUGAAUUUUACAGAAAUAAGUAUAUUAUUUAAGAUUAAAUCAUAUGAAUCUUA